AUGCGCCAGCGAACUGUUUCCAUCGGCAAGGCAGCCAGUGACCAGGGCGGCGCCGCGGCAGACCUCUCUUCCAGCGAGCAUACUCAGGUUUCCUUGCCUGCGUUUAGCUUUUUCUUUUCGGAGCUGUGCGUACGCGCCUACACAUUCCCUACAAAGGUGAAGAACGUCGAGGAGGUGGAGGCUCGCUUGACCUCUCUAGGCGCUCAUGUUGGGACUCGUCUUAUCAUGCUCUCUUCUGUCCGUGACCCCGUUGACCUGCAGCGCCGCCCGCUAACGAUCGAUGCUGUCCUGAAGCUGCUGCAGGAAAAGCUAUGGGCACGCUGGUUUGGCCGCGCGGCCAGCGAGAUCCAGCGCGAGAGCAACUCAGAUCGCUUCUUUCUCUUUGACAGUGACCCUGUCGUACUCCGCCACGUCCACCCAUCCCCUGACUACAUUGAUAGCGAAGGCCGGUGGAACGUGAACUACGCCGGCUUCAUGGGCGGCAUAAUUCAAGGGGCAUUGCAGUCAAUGGGCUUUGAGGCGGAGGUGCAGACGUAUCAUCAGCCGGAGCCCGGCAAGCCGCACCAAUCACUGUUCGUGAUUGCGUUUGCGAAGCACGUCUGGGAACGGGAGCGGAAGAUGCGAAUCUGA